AUGGAUCUGGUAACGCCGCUUCCAGCUCAGGCUCCAACGCCGACCUCCGCUGACCCCUAUGACCGAACCACCACCUCCAGCACUAUCUCUGCCUUCCCUGGGUCAGAAACCUACCCAGUAUUCCCUAACGGUGCAUGGGUGUCCAAAUUCUACCUUGUCUCGAGUCAGUACUCUGGCCUUACCGACCUCGAUCACCACCUCUGGAAUGUCUGCUAUUUGCCUGGCCGCCCUUACGAAGUCGACAAGUCAUUCGACAUCGAUAAAAGACGGGCUUCCCCUACGGACUCUAAUGCUCCACGGCCAACGUACUUGAUCGACAGACCGCCAUGUCUGCGGCAAGCGGCGAUCAAUGCCAACUGCCACUUCAAAAACACCAAUGGCACGUUUUCAGGCUUGGAAGUCUAUAAAAACGAUUUCGACAUACAGCAACAGUGCUAUUGCGAGAAGUACCCCUUUUUUGACUCUGUUCUUGGAUGUAUGAAGUGUUUCGAGACACAUGGUGGAGUCGAAGGCUACCACUGGUUCCCCAAGAGCUAUGUAGAAGCUGCGUCCAAAGCGUACUGUGGACAAGUUCCUGCACAGGUUGAAUUUUAUGAAUUCAUGAAUCAAUGGUCGAAGACUGAUCCCGCGGCGACUGUUUCUAGCACCACUGCAUCAACUAUUCUUGGUACUCAGACAGAUGCCAGUCUUUACUACACAUACGCUGCUGCUUCUACCAACAGUCCAAGCAGUGCUGUUCUAGGGAAGCCCUUGGGAAUAAGAAAGAUGCUGCUUGCCGCCCUGGCUGUAGGAGUAGCCUUUUAUCGAUGA